UUGAGAACUCAGAGAGCAGAAUUCUUACCAGAUUAAUUGCGACUGAUCAUGUGCGCACCUCUGCAGAUUAAUAAGAGAGAAUGGUGGAGACUGAGUUGCAGAUUGGUUUCUGAUCGAUCUCCUGCAACUUGAAUGAACAGCGAAUUUCGGAACGCACCUUCGUCUUGUUUGCGGAUGAUGUCGCGUACGAACGCCGCCGGCGGCUCGCCGUCGCCGCGGAGCAACGACGAGUCGUCUGUCUCGCCAAGGUGCGUCCUCGACAACGGCUCCACGACAGCCUGCAGCAACGCCGGCACCUGCACCACCGUGGCCACCAGCAGCAGCACGCCAGCAACGACGACGUCAAUGGCGACGACGUGCGCGUUGUUUCCAGCUAUCACGGCGGCGACGUACACCGACCCGGCCGCGCUGCUGAAGGAAGCGACGGCUGCGGCGGCGGCCGCGCGGCGCGACGGGCCGUCGGCGCCGCCGUGGAAGGCCGUAGCCGAGGCGUGGCGCUCCAAGGCCAAGCGCCAGCUCUCCGGCCGCAUCCCGUCGCUGGGUCCCACGAUGUCGUCGACGCUCCGCCGCCUAAGCAUCCGCCGGCCAGACAACGUCGAGGUGCACGAGUUCUGCGUCCUCAAGCCCACCCUCCGCACCUUCUCCCUCGCCGAGCUCAAGAAGGCCACCCGCAACUUCAGCAAAGAGAACGUGGUGGGCAGGGGAGGGUUCGCGAAGGUGUACCGGGGCAGCCUCCCCGGCGGCGAGCUGGUGGCGGUGAAGAAGCUGACGGCUGCGGAAGGGGCGGACCGGAUGGAGGGGUUCCUGUCGGAGCUGGGGCACGUGGUGAAUGUGAGCCACCCAAACAUCGCCAGGCUGGUGGGCGUGGGCGUCGACGGCGGCGAGCACCUCGUGUUCCCCUUCUCCCGCCUCGGCUGCCUCUCCGGGAUGCUCCACGGCAGCAGCGGCGGCGCGGAGCCCAUGCCGUGGGAGGCGAGGUACCGGGUGGCGGUGGGCACCGCGCGCGGGCUGGAGUACUUGCACGAGAGGUGCGCCAGGAGGAUCGUGCACAGGGAUAUCAAGCCUGCCAACAUUCUCCUCAUGGACAACUACGAACCCCUGAUCUGCGACUUCGGGCUGGCGCGGUGGCUGCCGGCGACGCUGACGCAGCUGCAGGUGACGGUGUUCGAGGGCACCUUCGGGUAUGUGCCGCCCGAGUACACCACGCACGGCGUCUUCAGCGAGAAGACGGACGUGUUCGCGCUCGGCGUCGUGCUGCUCGAGCUCCUCACCGGACGCCGCGCCAUCGACGCCGCCAAGCUCAGCCUCGUCGCAUGGGCAAAGCAGUACCUCGACGUCGACGAAGACAGCGAGGAGACCCUGAAGAUGGCCGACCCUGCGCUGGGUGGCCGGUACGACGCCGAGCAGCUCCGGAACAUGGCCUGGGCGGCCACACUCUGCGUCCACACCUCCCCACACCAACGCCCACCCAUGAGCGAGGUGGUGCGGAUACUCGUAGGAGAGGGGACGCAUCCACGUGGCGGUGGGAGGCGCAGUGGGGCCCACCAGCUUGAUGAGCUCUCGGAACUGAACGGCUACGAUGUGGCGCCGGGAUACGUGGAUGAUCUGAGCCGCCAUAAGGCGCUCGCCUUCGCAGUCGACUUGGACUCGCCACGAACAUACACCCAACAACGCAUCUCUUCUUGAAGUCUAUAGCUAGGCACCUGGCACAACUCUUUUGUCGUGCUGCUAGUAAUGUAUAUUAUGUACAAACAUAAUUGUUAGAUCGCACAUUGUGUAUGGUGAAGAGUGAAGAAACUGAACAUUUUUAGUACAAAGUUUAAAUUGGUUCUUACACA